AUGGCUGUCCAGGCGCCGCACCUACUCAGCCCCGCCUUCCUCCCCCACCACGACAUCGGCAACGUGUUCAGGGCACUGGAGGGCGCCGCGGUCGGCGGCGGCGGCGCCUCCGUGUUCCUGGACGAGCUCGGCUUCGGCGGGUGCGCGCCGGCGCCGGCGCCGACCAUCGGGGACGCCGCGUUCGGCGACGCCCAGCCGCGCAGCGAGCUCACCUGCAACGGCGGCGGCGGGGACAUCAACGUGUUCCUCCCGAGGAAGCGUGCACGCGUUGCGCCCGGGUUCCUGGAUGAUGGCAGCCACCAGCAGCAGGGCUUGGUUCUGCCCCUGCCGGUGCCGCACAGCCAGGUGUUCGCUGGCGACGCGCAGAGCAGCAGGGCCGGCGGGUGCGGCGCGGCGUCCACCAGCGGUCGGGCGGUGGUGUCGGCCAAUGGCGUCCUCUCGCAGCUCUACCAACAGGGCGUGGAGAUCGACGCGCUGGUGCGGCUCGAGACGGAAAGGAUGCGCGCGGGACUCCAGGAGGCUCGCCGGCGGCACGCGCGCGCGGUGGUCGCGGCCGUGGAACGCGCCGCGGCAGGUCGGCUCCGCGUGGCGGAGGCCGAGCUGGAGCGCGCCCGGUGCCGCAACGCGGAGCUGGAGGAGAGGCUCCGGCAGCUGGCCGCCGAGGGCCAGGCGUGGCAGGGCGUCGCCAGGAGCCACGAGGCCGUCGCCGCGGGCCUCCGCGCCACGCUGGACCAGCUGCUGCAGGAGCCCGCCGGCGCCGGCGCCGACUGUGGCGGCGGCGAGGCGGAGGACGCGCGGUCCUGCUGCUUCGAGACCUCCCCGUCGGGACUGCUCGUCGUCACCGACGACGCGGCGUCCAGGGGCUGCUCGUCGUCGCCGUCGUGCAAGUCGUGCGGCGGCGGCGACGCGUGCGUGCUGCUCCUCCCGUGCCGGCACCUGUGCCUGUGCCGCGCGUGCGAGGCCGGCGCCGAGGUGUGCCCCGUCUGCGCCGCCCCCAGGAACGCCUCGCUCCAGGUCCUGCUGUGA